AGUUCCUCGUUUGACCAAGCGGACCAGGCUGGCGAGAACGUGAACCCACCGUCAAGCGUGAAAAUCCGCCGCUUGAAGCUAUCCAACUUGAAGCUCUUCUCCGAUGGGCUGGAACCGCGUCGUCGGAGUUCAUCCCGAGGCAGGUCCACUUAUACCAACGGUGUUAGCGAUCAUGACCGGAACAACCAGGAUUCUUUUGCUUCCUGUUUGAGUCUGGGAUCGUACCCUAGCCUCAUGGCUGAAAAGGCUGCCAUUGCCCAACAGCAGGAGUUGCUCGAUAGGGAGGCACCGGCUCUAGAAAAGAAGCUGCGUGAAGUGAUGAGUCGGGGAGGUGGUGAUGGUACCGAAGAGGAGAACCUGAUGCGACGAUGGUUCAGCCUGGUGAAUCAGCGGAAUGCCCUCGUGCAUCGCAGUUACCAGCUCUCAAUCAUUGAGAAAGAAAAGGAUCUCCAGGUUACCAGUGAACCCCUCAAGCAGGAAUUGCAUGAGCUGCUUUCAAAAGAAGUGGACGACCCUGUGAGCAUGCCUCUGAUGAUGAAUCCGCGACGGAUGUCGAAACGUCAGGCGAACAAACAUAACGCCCCAGCGAUCGAGUCGUCUUCGACUUUUCAAUCCUUAUCUCAUGCCUGUUAUCGCGGUCGUAGCCGGAAGUGGCCACAUCAAAGGUGUCUGCCUAAUCUUGUAAUUUACGAACCCGCGCAAUGGUCUGGGCGUUACCAGGUUCAACAGGCUGUUGUGCGUCUGUGGCUCAGCUGA